CAGGGCUCCAUCAGACAAGAGAGAUAGAGAGAUCGAGAGAGAUUUCUAGAGAGAGAGAGAGAGAGGCGGAGGCAGGGUUGCGAGUAUGGCAGCGGCGGCCACUGCGAGCGUGGUUCCGGCGAACCGGUCGAGGCGGACGACGACGGCGGACGACGAGAAGCUCGUCUUCGAGACGACGCCGGGCGUCGAGCCCGUCGCGAGCUUCGACGAGAUGGACCUGAAGGAGGACCUGCUCCGCGGGAUCUACCACUACGGCUUCGAGAAGCCCUCCGCGAUUCAGCAGCGCGCGGUCAUGCCCAUCAUCCAGGGUCGGGACGUCAUCGCCCAGGCCCAGUCCGGCACGGGCAAGACCUCCAUGAUUGCCCUCACCGUCUGCCAGAUUGUCGAUACCUCCAGCCGAGAGGUCCAGGCAUUGAUCUUGUCACCUACUAGGGAAUUGGCUUCCCAGACAGAGAAGGUGAUUCUUGCUAUUGGUGAUUAUAUGAAUAUUCAGGCACAUUCUUGCAUAGGAGGCAAGAGUUUGGGUGAAGAUAUCAGGAAACUAGAGCAUGGAGUUCACGUGGUGUCUGGCACACCAGGCAGAGUCUGCGACAUGAUCAAGAGGAGAACUCUGCGCACUAGAGCUAUUAAACUGCUGGUUCUUGAUGAAUCUGAUGAGAUGUUGAGCAGAGGAUUCAAGGAUCAAAUUUAUGAUGUCUAUAGAUAUCUUCCACCUGAGCUUCAGGUUGUCUUGAUUUCAGCUACACUUCCAAAUGAGAUCUUGGAGAUAACUGGCAAGUUCAUGACGGAUCCAGUGAGGAUCCUUGUGAAACGUGAUGAGCUGACUCUGGAGGGGAUAAAGCAAUUUUUCGUUGCUGUGGAAAGAGAGGAGUGGAAAUUUGACACACUGUGUGAUCUUUAUGAUACCCUCACCAUAACCCAAGCCGUUAUAUUCUGCAACACAAAACGGAAGGUGGAUUGGCUAACAGAAAAGAUGCGAAGCAAUAAUUUCACUGUCUCAUCUAUGCAUGGAGACAUGCCUCAGAAGGAAAGAGAUGCAAUUAUGGGAGAAUUCCGGUCGGGCGCAACACGAGUGCUGAUCACCACUGAUGUUUGGGCCCGUGGACUUGAUGUUCAGCAGGUUUCACUGGUGAUAAAUUAUGAUCUCCCAAACAACAGAGAGCUUUACAUUCACCGCAUUGGUCGAUCUGGACGAUUCGGACGCAAGGGUGUUGCUAUAAACUUUGUAAAGAGUGAUGAUAUCAAGAUCUUGAGAGAUAUAGAGCAAUACUACAGUACCCAGAUUGAUGAAAUGCCCAUGAAUGUUGCUGAUCUUAUCUAAUUGGGAAGUCCUUGGUUCUGCUCACUGGUCUGGAUGUCGAUGAAGUGUGCUGCUCUAUGUGGUUUCCAUGGAUGCAACAUUGAUUUCUUUUUUCCCUUUCUCUCCAUGGUUUGUACGAUAGCAGAGUGCGCCAAUCUUUUUGUUUUGGGAGGGUGACUUGUUUAGUAGUAAAUAUCUUGACAUUGUUGGUUGACCUGCGGAUCUGUGACUCAUUGGCCGACUAUAAACGGAUUGAACAGGAAUGCUGAAAUGUUGUUUGUUACGAGCUUGAAUUGUAAUUUGUUUGUGAU